CCCCCGCCCCCGAGCCGUCUCCCGCCCGCCGACCCCUCCCCAGCUCCGCUGGCCCCGGGCCCCCGCUUCCGCCUGCGCUGUGACCCCCCCCAGCCGCCGGCACGGCCCCGCCCCCGCUGCCCCGGUGGUGGCCCGCGGCCCCCCGGCUGCCCGUGGUCAAGCCUGGAGUCGCUGAAGCGCUGGAACGAGGAGAGGGGCCUGUGGUGCGAGAAGGGCGUGCAGGUGCUGCUGACCACGGUGGGCGCUUUCGCCGCCUUCGGCCUCAUGACCAUCGCCAUCAGCACCGACUACUGGCUCUACACGCGCGCCUUCAUCUGCAAUACCACCAACCUCACGGGCGACGACGGGCCCCCCCACCGCGGCGGCGGCAGCGGCGGCUCCUCGGAGAAGAAGGACCCCGGCGGCCUCACGCACUCGGGGCUCUGGAGGAUCUGCUGCCUGGAAGGAUUGAAAAGAGGUGUCUGCGUGAAGAUCAAUCAUUUCCCGGAGGACACGGACUACGACCAUGAUAGCGCGGAGUACCUACUCCGAGUUGUCCGGGCCUCCAGCAUCUUUCCCAUCCUUAGCGCCAUCCUGCUGCUGCUCGGGGGUGUGUGCGUGGCGGCCUCUCGCGUCUACAAGUCUAAGAGGAACAUCAUUCUGGGCGCCGGGAUCCUGUUUGUGGCAGCAGGCCUGAGCAACAUCAUCGGCGUGAUUGUGUACAUCUCGGCCAACGCGGGCGAGCCGGGCCCGAAGCGGGACGAGGAGAAGAAAAACCACUACUCGUACGGCUGGUCCUUCUACUUCGGCGGGCUGUCGUUCAUCCUGGCAGAGGUGAUCGGCGUGCUCGCUGUCAACAUCUACAUCGAGCGAAGCCGCGAGGCGCACUGCCAGUCUCGCUCGGACCUGCUCAAGGCCGGCGGGGGCGCGGGCGGCAGUGGCGGGAGCGGCCCCUCGGCCAUCCUCCGUCUGCCCAGUUACCGCUUCCGCUACCGCCGCCGCUCCCGCUCUAGCUCCCGUUCCAGCGAGCCGUCGCCGUCGCGGGACGCGUCUCCCGGCGGCCCCGGGGGCCCGGGCUUCGCCUCUACGGACAUCUCCAUGUACACGCUCAGCCGCGACCCGUCCAAGGGCAGCGUGGCCGCGGGGCUGGCGGGGGCCGGCGGCGGCGGCGCAGGGGCCUACGGCGGUGCAGCAGGGGGCGGUGGGGGCGGGGCGGGCGCAGAGCGGGACCGCGGGGGGGCGUCCGGCUUCCUCACGCUGCACAACACCUUCCCCAAGGAGGCCGGCGGAGGUGUGACGGUCACGGUCACCGGGCCGCCUGCCGCGCCCGCGCCUCCUGCACCCUCUGCACCCUCCGCGCCUGCCCCCGGGACCCUGGCCAAGGAGGCCGCCGCCUCCAACACCAACACGCUCAACAGGAAAACCACGCCGGUGUAGGGGCGCGGCGCCGGGAGCUUGGGGGCGUGUCCGGGGCGCGUGCGCGGGCGCGCGUGCAUCGAGUCUGCCGGGUCGGGGGCGCCCCCGUUCUUCCCCGUGAGCGCGCUAGAGACUGCUUGGCCCUGCCCCCGCACUCCGCCCCCGCCCUCGGGCGUGGGGGAGCGCCCCCCACCCUCCGAAGCAGGGACCCCGAGUGAGGGGGAAGGGAAGGGAGGGGGCCUUUGUGAGGGAGCGUCGUGUUUUAUUUUUCUGUGGGAUUUAGGGGGAGGGGGGAGGGCCAUGGUGUUUUUUGCAGUUUUGAGAUGUUUUCUUUUUAAUGUUUUGCUGUGUGCAUGUGGGGGCGGGGCGGGGGAGGGGAGGGAGGGACUCCCAGCCCAGCCCAACUCCUGGAGAGGGGCCCAUAACACACCUAUGUAAUCUACGUUACACCUACAAACUCCGUACAGGCUCUAUAUAAACAGACCGAAGGAUUAAGAGAAGGGAUGUACAAAGGCCAAGAGAAAUGGGAUGGACGCAGGCAUUCAUUCAUUUUUUUUUCCCAUUCAUUAUUCCACACGGUUUUAUUAAGCACCUGCUGUGUACCAGGUGUUGGUACACAGCAGACCCUGGGGAAGGGGACAUAAACACAGGCACAGAAAGAGACUCAUUCAUUCAUUACUGCCAAUUUAUUUGUGUGCUUAAAUGCUAGGCAUGGCACCGAGUGCUGAGCAUACAGAAUGGAGGAAAACAGGCUUCGUUCCAUCUUCAGAGUUUACAUCUUGUAGGUGAGACAGGCAUUAAUCAGAGUCAUGUACAUACACAGUAAGUUACAAUUAGGGUAUAGGAGAAACCUAAGAUACUAUGAAAUGCUCCAUCAGAGGAGUUUAACGCAGUUUAGAGGACGUGGUUUUAGCUGACACUGAAAGGAUGAGAAGGAGCCUGCCAGGUGGAGCUGGGGGUGGAGAAGUAUUGCCAGCAGAGC